GCACCCUCUUUUCCUCCUCCCUCCGCCUCCUCCUCUGUAGUCUGUCUGACUGAUACAGACGGUCUCUUGUUUUAAGUCAUGCAGCUGGUCUUCUCUGCACUCUGUCCCUGGGGAUACCCACUUGUCACAGAUAGGCAUUCAGAGUGGUCCUAACAAGAACACUUGUCAGCCAAUAUUGCUCUUCGUGGUGGAUCUUUGGCUUUGAGUUGGGUUUCCUCUCCUGCUUGGUGUAUCUAACACACAAAAGGUGACCUCCUCCUUGGGAAAGCUAUGGAUAAUAAGUCUUACAAAACUGAUGGAACAUGGCCACCACCACAGUGUAAGCACACACUGGAGCGUGAAAAGAAGAAGUGCAAGUAUGCCCCUGGCACAGUGUCUGUGGCCACAGUGAAAAGUGGGCAUCCUAUUACAGUCAUAGAGAUUUCCCCUGAAACCACUGAAGUGAACGACUAUUACUUAUGGUCCAUCUUCAAUUUUGUCUACCUGAAUUUCUGCUGCCUGGGCUUCAUCGCAUUGGCCUACUCUCUGAAGGUCAGGGACAAGAAACUGUUGAACGACCUCAGUGGAGCUGUAGAAGAUGCUAAGACGGCGCGACUCUUUAAUAUAACCAGCUCAGCACUUGCAACUCUCACUAUCAUUCUUGUGCUUUUGUACCUGCGUUCCCCAGCUCCUGCCUACUAGAGCAAUGGUUGUCUGUAUAGACUGUGAGUGAUAUUCGUCUCAGAGCAAGAGAAAGCUCUUUAUACUAUACUGUACCAGACAGCUCUGUGCAGUGUAGCUAGACGUAGCGGUAAGCCUCAGUAACCUCCCCUUACUCUUUAAACCGUCCUCCCAUAAUUCUUCCGGAUCUCACUGUGAUGUCAUCAGCACCUCGCCAUAAGGUAGCCUCCAGUUGGCUGAUGGCAGCUAAUAUGCAAAAGAUUAACUGCAGACAAGUUAAUCUCAGCACCACAGGGGGAGGUACAUCUUAAUGGGAGGCUGGACUGGUCUUGGCUCCUCCACUCACGUGCCUCUUCAAAAAUAGCCCAGUGUGUGAAUUUAGAGCAUCUCUGUGGCAAUUGGUCAUAUCCCCUCCAAUAAAGGACUAAUGUUUUCUACAAGAGUGUGUCUAUGACGGGGCACAAUGUGAUCUGGUUAGUUCAUCGUAUUACCAAACCUCUUUGUCAGACCCAUUUUAGGCUUAU